AUAAAGGAGACAUAAGUGCACAUUUAAUUGUUAAUCAAACAACAAACACUUACGGAUCACCAAACCGAGAAAUUAAUUAAACCCCUUCAUUAAUGGAAUCCCAGGCUGCAGACUGCCGCGUCUCUCCGGCAAGAUACAGAGGAGUUCGCAAGCGAAAAUGGGGCAAAUGGGUGUCCGAAAUCCGCGAACCAGGAAAGAAAACCAGAAUAUGGCUAGGAAGCUACGAGGCACCAGAAAUGGCAGCUGCGGCCUAUGAUGCAGCGGCAUUGCACCUCAAAGGGCGUGGGGCGGCGCUUAAUUUUCCUGAAAUGGCUGAUAGUCUGCCGAGGCCGGCCAGUUCAAGCGCAAUGGACGUGCAACUAGCGGCUCAAGAGGCUGCAUUGAGGGUUAGACGACAGCAGCUGCCAAUGGAGGCAUUUCCAACGGAGGAGGCGGGUGACUCGUCGAGGGGUUUGAGCUCAGCGCCAGUGACGGUGGGAUUGUCUCCGAGUCAAAUCCAGGCGAUUAAUGAGUCGCCGUUGGACUCGCCAAAGAUGUGGAUGCAGUACAUGUGCAGGGCUCAUUGCCAUGAGGCUCCGUCGUCGUUAGGGGGAGACUUGUGGGACAUUGAUAAUUCCAGUCCAAACAAGUACUACGAAGGUGAUGUCGAGUCAAUGGACUACGAAGAUAUGCAGAAUUGGUCCAUUUGGGACCCCUAGUAAUUCUUAAUUAGCUUAUUUAUUAUAAAAUUGAACACUAAUAGUGUAGCCAAAUAUAGAACAAAAAUAAAUAAAUAAUAUAAUAUACUAAGUGUUUGCUGCCUUGG